AUGAUGAAUACUACUUCAGAAAAUUUGACGAAAGAAAAAGCAGAUUACAUUUAUCAACGUUUGCGUAAACAAAUUACCUCAAUCGAUUCAGAAGCUUGUCCUCAAUCAUUCGUAUUUUUUGUCUUUGGCGCAUCUGGCGAUCUAGCUAAAAAGAAAAUCUAUCCAACACUAUGGUGGCUUUAUCGUGAUGGUUUUUUGCCAGAACAUAUUUGUUUUGUUGGUUAUGCUCGUAGUCAAUUGACAAUCGAGAAAAUAUUCCAAAAUGCUGAUAAAUAUAUGAAAGUUCACGAUCACGAACGUGAUCUUUAUAAAAAAUUUCUUGAACUCAAUCACUAUGUUUGUGGUUCUUAUGACAAAUCUGAAGAUUUUGAUAAAUUAAAUCAUGAAGCAAACAAAAUUUCACAGCACACAAGUGCUCAUCGAUUUUUCUAUUUGGCGCUGCCACCAAGUGUCUAUGGAAGUGUGUCAGAAUUGAUCAGUACACAUUGUCGACCCGGCGCGCCUGGUUGGGUACGUUUAAUUGUUGAAAAACCAUUUGGUAAAGAUCUUCAAAGUUCCAAUAUAUUAUCGGGUCACUUGAGUAAAUUUUAUGCAGAAGAAGAAAUUUAUCGUAUCGAUCAUUAUUUGGGAAAAGAAAUGGUUCAGAAUAUAAUGGUACUUCGAUUUUCCAAUAGAAUAUUUUCACGAGUUUGGAAUCGUGAUUCUGUUGCUGCAGUGAAAAUUAUUUUCAAAGAAGAUAUUGGAACACAGGGACGUGGUGGUUAUUUUGAUGAAUUUGGUAUUAUUCGUGAUGUGAUUCAAAAUCAUUUAAUGCAAAUUUUAUCGAUUGUUGCAAUGGAAAAACCUCGUUCAACAACCGGUGAAGAUAUUCGUGAUGAAAAAGUGAAAGUAUUGCGUUGUAUAGCGCCAAUUAAAUCAGAAAAUGUUGUGAUCGGACAAUAUCUAGGUGAUAAAGAAUCAAAAGAUAGUGAGCGUCAACUUGGUUACUUAGAUGAUGCAGGUGUACCAAAAGAUUCCACAACACCAACUUAUGCACAAACAAUUCUUUACAUAAACAAUGAACGUUGGGAUGGUGUGCCUUUUAUACUUCGUGCAGGCAAAGCAUUAAAUGAGAAAAAAGCUGAAAUUCGUAUUCAAUUUCGUGAUGUACCAGGUGGAAUGUUUGAUGAAAAUGGCUCGAAAGCACCACUAGCUCGUGAUGAACUUGUGGUUCGUAUACAACCCGAUGAAGCUAUUUAUCUUAAAGUCAAUACAAAACGACCUGGUGAAAUGAGUUAUAGUAUUGAAGAAACUGAAUUAGAUUUAACUUACAAUGAACGAUAUCGUGGUGUAAAAUUACCUGAUGCAUAUGAACGCUUAAUACUUGAUGUAUUUAUGGGUUCAAGAAUCAAUUUUGUUCGUUCAGAUGAAUUACAAGAAGCAUGGCGUAUUGUUGAUCCAAUAUUGACUGAAAUUGAUCAGAAAAAACUUCCAGUCGUUCCAUAUAAAUUUGGUGCUGCGGGAUUACCUCAAGCUUUUGAUGCAGCAGUAAAACAUGGAUAUGUGUUUACUGGUACAUAUGUACGAAAAGAUGAACGUUCAGCAUCAGUGAUCAAUUCACAGAAAGAAAAAGAAAAGGAAAAGGCAAAAGAAAAAGUGCAAUCAUAA